AUGUUGGUGCAUGAAGACUAUAAACAUUUUAGAGUAACACCAAAUAAUAAGUUACAACAUUUUCCUGGCAAUACUUUAAAAUUACAUACAACUCCUAAGACUGUUAAUAAAUUUGAGCAAGACUAUUGGCAAUAUUUUAGAUGCAUCGUUGAUGAAUUUGUUGGUAACUUUACCAUGCAUGGUGUGGAUAGAAUAUUUAAAAGAAAGCUAAAUAAAUACAAAAGAAUCACUUGGAUUUUUGGUUUCUCCGUCUGUCUGAUGGUUUGCAUAUAUGUCAGCUGCCAGGUGGCCUUUAAAUAUCACACCAAACCCUUGGUCACUGUUGUGUCUAAAACUCAUUUGCCUGUUUUCCAAAUACCCUUUCCCGAGGUCACCAUCUGCAAUAAGAAUCGUUUUAAUUGGCAGCGUUUCGAGCGGGCCAAGGAAAUGUUUUUGAAGCCUGAACAUCAAACAAAUCCUGAAUACCAAGAGAUUUUCAUGGAGGUGGUCAAUGCUUAUGACACCUUGAUUUUUGGCAAAUUUUACAAGUUUGAAAAUCUCACCAAGGUUCCACCCUCAAUGCUAAAAGAACUGAAUUAUGUUAACUUUUCUUUGGUGUCAGAGUUCAUGGCCUGGAAGUGCCAUGAAAUAUUCACCGAUUGCCUGUGGAUCGAUGACGAUUACGAUUGCUGUGAGAUAUUCUUUAUGCGCAACUCUCAAAUGGGCACCUGUUUGGCUUUCAAUACCAUUGAGUCGCCAGAAGGGGUGGAAAAACAAAAACUGGAUUCCUUUUGGCCGUGGCGCAGCAAAGGUCAAGGUGAUGAGAACGGUUUGAUGUUGAAGGUUCAUUUGAGGGAGUAUGAACAUUCACCAAUGCGUAGAAAUAAAAAAGGCAUUUUGGUUAUGCUGGCAGAACCAUAUGUAUGGUUCAAUUAUCCAAUUGAAGUUAAUACCCACACGCGAACAUCUGUUUCCAUUACAGCGAUUUUGCAUAAUUUCGAUAACUAUACGCGUAUAUUUUCGCCCAGGGAUGAACUCAACAGUAAAUACUACAAGUCCCUGGCAGGUCAUCGUUAUAUGUUCGAAAAUUGUCAAGCAGAAUGCCAGCAGGAAUAUCUAAUUAGAUUUUGCAAUUGUACACUUAGUCUGUUUUAUCCGGCCGGACAACAUAGACCCUGUAAAUUGGUGGAUUAUCCAUGUUUGUUUUAUCAUAAUGAUAAACUGCAAUAUUUCGAACAAAUUGGCGAGAGCAAAUAUGUGUCUGAAUAUUUUCCCGAUGUCAUGAAAUGUACGUGUUACUACAAUUGCAAGUCCCUGACCUAUAUAACCAAAGUUACUACGGCUUAUAUGAACAAUAUGGAAGCGGAGUUCAAUAACAGUUAUAUAGAUUUAUCUCUGUUCUAUCAACAGGAAUUUAUAGUGGCAUUUUUGACCACAGUGCUGUAUACCUGGACUGAUUUAAUGGCUAGUUUUGGCGGCUUGGCUGGUUUGUGUAUUGGCUGUUCCUUGAUAAGUCUAGUGGAGUUUGCUUAUUUCUUUCUGGUCGAUAUACCACGCAAAACAAUGCUGUAUUAUAAAAUGAAGAAACGUUUGAGGCUGCAUAGAAAAAGUUGUAAUAUUAGAGCUGAUAUUGUGGAAAAUAUUUUGAGGAGUUAA